AUGUUUCAGGUGAAGAAUGAGUCGAUUUCUGAAUGUUUUGAGGAGUUGGCUGCUCAUGGUGUCUGUGAUCGCGAUGGGAAAUACAGUACAGAGCUUCAGAGAUCACAGCUUCUUAUCGAGAAACUCUACACGGGCACACCUGAUUACGAGACCAGCGUAGCAGAAUUGCAAGUAAACGGUCUUCAGGCGAGAACAUUUGGCAUCUGGACUCUUCUGUCCUCCAUCAUCCGCUGCGCCUGUGCAAUAGACAUUCAGAACAGAACGCUUUAUCACAUCACCUUGUGGACAUUUGUUCUGGCACUUGGUCACUUCCUGACAGAAGCGUUCAUCUAUAAAACGGCUCCUCUGACCAUUGGAGUGAUGGCGCCUCUGAUUGUAGCAAGUUUCUCUAUUGUGGGCAUGUUUAUUGGGUUCCAGUGUAUCGCUGAGACGCAGGAAGUAAGUGGAGCUCGACAGAAGAAGAGGAACUGAGCGUCCAGAGACAUUCACCUAUUGGCACUGGCAAGGGUACAGGUUAUAAUUGGGCAUAAUCAGACAGCAAAACAUGAUUCUGAUUGAUCCGUUUUUUGUUAUGAGCCUGUGCUGCCAGUUCAAACAUACGAGGCCCAAACUAAUGACCAUUUUCUACUUCAUUUUAAAAAAUAAUUAAAAAUGUAAAUCUGUGUAAUAUAAGACAAAUAAUAUUUUUUAGAUGAUUAUUUAGAGUUCGCUCUAAGUUGAGGAGUUCCCAUGGAUGCUGGACAUUUGUCUGCUCCAAUUCAUAAUUUUUCUUUACUAAAUUUGUGGUUUAUUUACAUAUAUUUGUUUAAUAAAGAGAGUCAUAGAUUUGAAAUGACUCAAAUUAUAAUGCAAUUUUAUGAUGCAAUAAAUAUAGCAUUAGCGAUACCAUGAAUAUAGGGGUGUUCCUUCAACUUUGGGCACGUUCAUGUCCCGAAGCUGAAAUUUUGUCAAAUUAUGCAAAAUUUGUGAAAAUAUUAUUUACAGGUGCAUCUCAAUAAAUUAGAAUGU